ACUGUUCGCGCAUGCGAGUAUUAUGAAAGACCCAAGACUUUGGAACCAACCCGAAGUGCAUCACAAAUCAGUAAAAAAAAUCACAACACUGAACAAAAAAUGGCCAAAAAAAUGUUGGUAACACCGGUGCGCUAAAAAAGCUUGCAAACUUCACGCACAUAACCUGCGCUGGACAUCGACUCGUCCUAUCUAACUCUGGGAAAAUGUAUAUUGAUUUUUCAAAGAAAAGUCAACCGAUGUAACAAAACACCAUUCGCGGAGUGUUUAUACGCGUAUUAUAGCGUCGCGGUCGAAGUGUAGUGUCGUCGAGAUGGUGCGACGGUAUAUCUCGGCGUGUUCCGAGUGAGAUUAGAGAGAGUGUCGCGUUGCUCGGCCGACGGCCCGGAGCCUGGCCGCGGCCAGGGCCUGGGCGCGCCAUGGACGCCGCCGCCGAUCCGCUACGAGCGGUCAGGCCGUGAGUAUCGGGUUUACGACGUCUCCUCUGUUUUCGUGCCAUAAGAUCCCUCUUAGUUUCAGUCGUCUACUUACGUGGUAGAUUAUUUUGGUCCCUGCGAGCUCAUUCGACAUUGCGAAACCGUGCGCGAUCGUUUUUCGCUUUAGCGCAAAGCCGACAUUCUCUCGGUGUUGCAGCGUCACGGCCUCCGCGACGUUGCGCCAUUUCGAGCGUUCGGAUCGUCCGUGAGAGUGAGCCGAGGCGAGGGCACGGCGACGUCGCAGCGGCAGGGCGGCAGGGCGCCGUCGCCGAUAGCCAUCUCGUAGCGCGGCGGCCGAGCGUGACCGCACCGCCACCGCCUUGCGAGCGAGCCUUUCAAGUCUCCUUAUAUCUCAUAUGAAUGGCCGCAGACUUCAUCUUAAAUCAGAAUCGUGUUUACAAUUUUCGCAAGUCGUACGGUACCUGUCCCGCCUCCGCCUUUGUGCGAGGAAAACACGAGAGGGCCUAGGCUGACGCUCACGAGACAGUCGAGUGAAAUAUGGCUAGGUGGUAGCUGCUAUACGCGAUGCACUAUACAUAACAUAGCUAACGUAUGUCCCUACCUAUCUAUAGUGCAGCAAAGGCACCAAACUACAUACCUACUCAAACAAAGCAUUUGCUCUCAAAUCCAUAAUUCUGAUCCAACAUUGUGUUUUCGUGUUCUUUGUGAUAUCCGUGCUACGUCUGUGCAGUGUUUGUGUUUAAAACAUUAUUAGUGUGUUACGAAAACAUCUGUGUUUGUCAUUUCAUUUAUUUAUUGCACAUUUUGAGGUUAGGUUAGUGAUUUUUACGAAAGUUUCCGUACGGAGAGCAUUGUACGUGAAUAUAUAGUCAGAACACUCUUAAAGUAUUGAUUAGCAGUUCAGUGUGUGAGAGGGUAAAUGUGCUUGUGUCAAAUUAUCAUGGCUGGAGUAAGAACUAAAUGAAAAUUGUACCACCACUGCUGUAAUAUAAAACCUUUGGUUAAAACAAAGUAUAAUUUGUGUUUAUAGUGUACUUGUGUAAAGUGGUGAGAAGCUGGUGUAGGCUAAGUUCAUGUUUGGCAGUUCUACUCCAUGAUCAGGGAGGAGGGCGAGGAGAAGCCGAAGGCGGCGGAGAGUCAGGACGAUGGGUACGAGACGAGCAACAGCGGAGAGGCGGCGCGCCGGAAACCCUCCAGCGCCGAGGGUUCACCCGCGCCGCCUCCGCCUCGCUCGCCGCCCCCCGACGUCGAGCCCGACCAGGAACCCGAGCCCGAGCCUGAGCCUGAGCCGGAGCCCGAGCAUGAGCACGAGCAUGAGCACGAGCACGAAACAGCAUACGAGCCGCUCCUACAGCGACCCUUCCCAUCCCCAUACAGACACUUCGAGCCGCCGCCGGCUCAUCCCCAGCAACACCAGCCCCCGCCGGCUCACGACCCGGAGCCGUACCAACACUUCCACUUCCCCAAAUACCCUCAGGAUCCGUACGCUUUCAAACGGGAGACGGACGCGCCAUACGACAUGACGCAGCAUCACCAACACCCGCAUCAACAACUACAUCAUAACCAAUACGCUAAGAGAGACGAUGAGAUAUAUAACGGUGUGAAACGGGAGUGCGAGGAUCCGUACUCGUUCGUCGAGGAGGAGGCGAUGUGCGCGAUGCUCGGGCAACAGCACCACCUGCAGCACCUGCAGCAUCACGACCAGCACCACCACCAGCACAUGCAGAUCCACCCGCAGCAGAUGAUGCUCAACCAGCCCAAGAAAAGGGGCCGCAAGAAGAAAAUAAAAGAUGAAAACGGGUUGGAACUUAAAGUGGACGGAGUUUUAGACAGCGUGUCGGGUAUCGUGCGUCCGGUGAAGGAGCGGAAGAAACAUGACCGGUUCAACGGGAUGAGUGAGGAGGAGGUGUCGCGACGCACACUGCCCGACCACCUCGCGGAGAACCUCGACAUCAUCAUUAUCGGUAUUAACCCGGGUUUGUUCGCCGCCUACAAGGGUCAUCACUACGCUGGUCCCGGGAACCACUUCUGGAAAUGUCUCUACUUAUCCGGACUCACGCGGGAACAGAUGAGCGCUGAUGAGGAUUACAAGCUUCUAAACUUCGGCAUCGGCUUCACGAACAUGGUGUCCCGUCCUACCAAAGGCUCAGCGGAUCUCACGAGGAGGGAGAUCAAGGAAGGAUCCGCCAUUUUGUUGGAGAAGCUUCAGACCUUCCGGCCCAAGGUGGCCGUGUUCAACGGGAAAUUGAUCUACGAAGUGUUCUCCGGGAAGAAGGACUUCUGUUUCGGGAAACAACCCGACUGUAUCGCCGGGACUAACACUUACAUGUGGGUGAUGCCGUCGUCUUCGGCUCGUUGCGCUCAGUUGCCGCGGGCCGCCGACAAGGUCCCGUUCUACGCGGCCUUGAAGAAGUUCAGGGACUACCUGAACGGUCUCCUGCCGCGGCUGGACGACGCCGAGCUGGUCUUCCCCGACACCACCUCCAGGCGGCCGCACGAGGAGAUGGAGAUACGCAGCGGGUCGAUUUACAGACUGACGAUGGAGCCCGAGCCGGGCGACACCAUUAUACUAGAGGACGGCACGGAAGUCCCGCUCAAGAAGAAACGCGGCCGACCCAAGAAGGUGAAGUUGGAGAACGGGGAGACGGUGCCCGCGGUCCCCCGGGCGCCGCGGCAGCCCCGGCCUCCGCCCUCCAUGGAGACCGGGGACCAGCCCGCUAAGAAGAAGAGAGGCCGCCCCAAGAAAAUAAGACCCGAGGAGCAGCAGUUUCUCCUGCAGCAACAGCAACAACAACAGCAGCAGCAGCAACAGCAACAACAACAACAGCAACAGCAAAACAAUUCGAUGCUGCAGCCGCAGCUAUCGUCCAUGACUCAGCUGCCGCACGAGCAGUUCCUCCACAACUCUAGCGGGGACUUCCAGCAGAUGUCGUCGCCGUUGGGAGUGGGCGGUGUGGGCGUGGGCGUGGGCAACGUGGGCGUCGGCAGUGUAGGGGGAGUGAGCAACGUCAGCAGCGGUGUCAUGUACGGUGUGCAGCAUCAGCACCAGCAGCAGAUGUCCGACUCGUCGCCGUACUACCAACCUAACAAUAGCGGCGGUAUGGAUUCUCCGUUAGACGUGGGCGGAGGUCUCGGCAUGUCCCGUGGUUACGGAUCACCUGGCGGCGUGGGCGUGGGCGGCGUGGGCUUCGCGGCGUCACCACGGCACGCGCACUCGUACGCGUCGCCGCGCUCACAGCCAUACUCACCUGGACCACAGAGACUCGCUGCUACGCCGCAACCACAGCAACAGUUUCCAUCGAGCCCGGCGGCAUUUUCGGCGCCAUCGCCGCCGCGUGCUGGGUACGGUUCACCCGGAGUGGGCGGUGUGGGCGUCGUGGGCGGUGUGGGGGGAGUGGGCGGAUCGCGCGGGUUCGCGGCUCGUUCCCCACUGUAUGCGAGCUCCCCGGCCGCUUACCGCCAGCAGCCGAGCCCAGCCGCCCAGCCCCAGCCAAGGUUUACACACGAUGGGAUGCCUUUCGCUAGGGACACACAGAGCGGUUCAGUAUCAACUUCCGGCGGGGGUUUCUCGUGUUCCCCCGGCGUGGCGGGCGUGGUGGGGGUGGGGGUGGUGGGGGGUAGUACCCCAUUCCCGGCGGCGUCCCCCGCCGCUCACUCGUACACCCCGUCUCCAGCCCACACGCCGUACUCGCACCAUUCGUCCCCAGCGCCGGCCCCGGCCCCUCACACGCCGUAUGAUUCACAUCAUUUUGCCAAUCAGGGAAGUGGAUCGAGCGGCUCGGGCGGCGGCUCGGGCUCGGGCUACGGUGCAGAGUUGUCUAGCGACAUCGGUGCGGCGAUAUCGUCCCCGGCGCCCGUGUCGCCAGCCUGCGCCACCCUGGACUUCGAGCCGCCCCGUGAUGACUCGCCAAUGGGCAGCACAGACAUGCAUCCGGGCAGCAACAGCAACUCCUCGCUGUCCGACUACAAUAAGCAGCAGAGUAAUCCGGGCGGAGGCGAGAUGUCGCCGGCCGGUGUGGGCGCGGGCUCGUUCGGGGGCGCUCUGUACGACGACACGAGACUAGCGUACAGCGACAAACCCGACUAUCAUUACCAGGAACAAGGCAAUGGUGUGGGAGACAGCCCUCGGUUAGAUCAAUUACAUCAACAUCCCUCCAUGUAUCCUAGCAAUUUUAACAGGUCAACGCCUACCGGAGACAGCGACUCGGGCUUCGGCCGCGGCUCGUUCCGGGCGCCCGAGUUACACCACCCUCCGCCUGCAGGUUCCCCCAGUGAGUACAGCGGCGGAGGCGAGUCUGGUAACGGAACUCCUAAAAGCAAAUCACAGGACGUGGCUUCCAAGUCGCUAUCGGGACUGGAGUCGCUCGUUGACCAGAUACCUUCCAUAGCGGACGGCCCGGCGGGCGUGGGCGGUGUGGGCGGCGUGGGCGCGGCCGUCGGCAGCGUGGGCGAACAGGGCAGCGCCCCACCAGUGCCCUCGCUGCCGGAGUACACGCCAGCGUUAUACCCGCCAUACCCGGCGUACGGCGCACCGGCAUACGGAAAUAACAGCUACGGCGCUCCGUUUGUCGGUUACGGCGGUGGUUGGGGCACCCAGUUGAUGCGGCCGGCGCCGGGCUACUUACCGGACUGGCAGUACGGGUACGGUCCGCCCGCGUACGCCUCAUACAACUCACCGUACUACAACGGAUAUCCGGGACCGCCGCCCGCGCACCACCAACAGACUCACUACCUGUCCCCGCCGCUGUUGGAGCUCCACAAAAGCGGCGAGCACGCGGCCGCCGUGUCUGCGGUGCCCGCGGUUCCCUCCGUGCCCUCCGUCGGCUUCGGGGGCUUCUGUUAGCGGACACCUCCCCCCACCACCCCCCACCACCCUCCGCCCCGCACGCGAGCGUCGCCAGCGACCGCCGGAAGAGAACCUAUUUCUGAUGAGCUUAAUUUUUAGGGAUUUAUUUGUAAAUAUUGUAUGUAUUUAUUUGUAACCAUCACAUUCUCUGUAUCGAGAGGCGGGGGCGCGGCUCGGCGGGCUCGGCGCGGACGGUCGGGAUGUCUGUGAUCGCCGCCGGGGGGCGGUUUAGCUCGGUUUCGGUGGAAAAAUCUAAUUGUAUAUUAUAUGUGAGGGUCGUGGUCCGUGUGUAGUCUUGCCAAUGAAUGUUUCGUGUUCUAGUCACUUGGUGAACGUGUCGGCUAGUCAAAUCGUCUGGGGCCGCCGUCCGCCGGCCGCCCGCCCGCCCGCCCCCUCCCCGCGUGUCGAGAGCGGCCUACAUAUGUCGAUGUAUCUUCGUUAAGCUUUAGUUAACGUAACAACUUUAAGCAUUUCUUUCCUAAGUAUAGUGAUUUGUAUGUACUUAUUUUCCAUAGUCGUUCCGUGACCCGCGCCGUGUCCGUGUCUCCGCGAUAGCUCAAUUUUAUAAAUGUAUAUUAGUUGAAGCGCAUUCGCCCACAAUGUUACCGAAUCAGUUGUUUAGCUUCGGAUCGCUAGUGAAUAGCAUAAUUUUUACAUGUAAUAAUCUAUUUUAUAAAGAUCGUCCGCCAUCUUAACGAGUAAGAUUUGUUUACGUGUGAUGCCCUUAGUUUGUAGUUUCUAUGCAUAAUAAAUACGUUCGGUGCUGUUGGGUUCGGUUGUUAUGUUGUUUGCUGAGCGGGAGAUGUCGGAUGUGCUUCGUGUUUAUUUCUUAGUCUCUUGUGUGUUGUUGAUAUUUUUAUUUCUAUGACGGUGGCAUCUGAGGCGGCAUCCGAACGGAUGUGGGAUGAUAAAAAAAUGUCGGCGUCUCAGUGAGCGUCGCGUCGCUCGGGGGAGCGGUCGCAUUGACACCCGAGAAUCGGUGAUUGUCUUAAAAGAAUCGGUUGCACAAAAAUAUAUUUAUAUAUAUAUUAACGGUUAGAUAAAAAACGAAAUAACAUACGUAAGAAAGACAUAUACGUUAAUGGUAGGUUACUCGAAAGAAUUUAUAUUUACGAUAGGUGAGGUCGCCUCGGAGUGUGACGGGCCUUCUGACUCGUUCCCGGUGUUAUGGCUUGAUACUAAACGUUCCGUUCUCACUCCAUGACGUCGUCUGCUCACGUCGCGUUCUGUGGCCGCGCUCAUGAUAUUAGCUGAAGUCUCGAGACUCGCUGCGAUACCUCGGCGCGUCUGUAUGAUUUUAUAUAUUUUUAUUUUUGUCAUUCAGAUGAAGUAAAAAAAAAAAAAUUUGCUAAGUUUAUAAAUGAAAUCAACAGGGUAUUUAAGAUUGCUUAAGAUAUAUUAUUUUAUAUUUAUUAUUUAGCGCGCGUGUUCGCCCGCGGUUUUUUUUUUUUGUUUAGCGUUAUUUACAAUGUACUGAUAUUGUUUAUUACGUUCGUCCUUCGCCUCGACGCCCGCACGCAGCACUGCAAUACCGAUGUAUCUUUAUUUGAGAUCGACACGAAAGUUACCAAAGUCGUAACCGUACGAAUAACUUUAUGGUCAACAGUUACCGCGCUGUAACUGUAAGUGUGCGAGUGUGGAGGCGUCGCGCGUUGUUUGUUUUUACGCUUGUGCCGCCAUCUUGUUUAUAACACGAAAAUGUUGACAGUUGGAGCGUAGAAGACACAACAACAGAUUAUAUAACGCCUUUGUACAUAACGAGUGCUUUAUUACGCUUUUUUGAUAUUAUAUAUUUUUUAUUUAAUCUAAAAUAUUUUAAUAUUAUUCGCUUUCAUGUUAUAGCAAGGUUUAUUUACACGUGUACGGCGUAUAGCCGACGGGCCGCCUGCCGGCCGUUUUGAUUUCUUUUUGUUCAGUGUCUAGGCUGUCUGUUAUGUCUGCAGCUGUGCUCGUCGCAGCCGGCGCCACUACUCCGGCAGGCGGCGACCUAAUGUUCGUCGAACGCGCCCGAUGUCCUUUCCGUUGCCGUCAGCGUCUCGAAUCGUUUCUUUUUCUACACGAGUUAUUAUUAUUGUAAUAAUAGGAAGUAUCAACGUCCGUGUUCAUAUUAUCGGUCGACUUGUCGGGGGCGCAGGAACGAUAGACUUAGGGGCGAGUUACGUCCGGUGAUACCUACUGGACUUAUUCGUAGCAGUUAGUGUAAGUCUCUAUCAACGAGUUAGUAUUAGUGUCCGCGGCGCGCGUCGCCCGCGCGCUCGCCGCGUGCUCGCCGCUUGCUCGCGUGCAGCGCGCGCUUUCUGUAUUUUAUCUCCUUAGAUGUCGUCAGGCCUGCGCGCGAUGCGCUCAUGAUUUAUAUGUGUAUUGGUGCGUGUCUCGGAGCGGGCGCAUCGCGUGCAGGGCGGGCGACCAUCGUUAGUGUCGACCGGUGUACGCACCGAGUCGCCCGACUAUUUGUACAGUAUGUAUAUUUUUGUAAAAUUCAUUCUAACUUGUGGCAAUAUUAUGAAAUUUAAAAAUUUAUCUCUAAUAUUGAUACUUAGUACAAUUGUUAUACAGUUAUUUUGACUCGAUCAAAUUUCAUACCCACAACCUAAACAACACAGCACGGCGGUCUAUCGUCAUGGAGUCCAGGUGUCCAGGUCCAGGGAUACAUUAGGGGUCGAGGUUCAUAUGACGCGUGGUGUGAAGCCUGGGAGGGGGGGGAGGGUUAGCCGCGGGCAAGGCUUCGGCCGUUGGUUGUGAAUAUUGAGGCGUCCCCGUCCCCGGCUCCCCUCCCCCGCACCCCCCAUCGCUUACCCCGCGUGCACAAGCAAUAAUUAUACAUUAUAAAGAACAUAUAGCAAUAAAAGCCUGUCUGAAGUGAGCUCGUUCAAACAGAUCUCUCCUAUGUAUUCGUGUGUUGCGGGUGUCCCUCGUUGUUCUCUGUGCGGGACGUGCCGCCGCCACCGGGUGUUGUGCCACAGCCAUGGUGACAGGGUGACGGUGUAUGGAACUAGCUCAAUUUUAUUGAUACUUAAUUAUUGUAAUUUUUAUUAAUUGUAUUGACUUGCUUGUUAUUCACAGUUAACUCGUUCCGAGUCAUAUUAUGUUAGGCCGGCGCCCGCUCGAGGCGGCCGGCCGUGUAAAGUACACCCCGUUGAAGUACUCAAACGACUCGCAUUUUAACUUCGGUGCUUGUUUCUCUAUGGACGGAGCCGGGGGGCGGGCGUAGUGUGGCCUCUAGCUCUCGUGUUACAUAACAUUUGGUACUUAUUAGUCAAUUAUUUGCAACCACCGCGGCCGCCCGCCGGAUCCGCCCGGCGCGUGUUAUAAAGUACAAUUUAUCAAUAUACCUUUAUUAAUUAAUUAAUUAUAUUAUACAUAUAAACGCAGUCUACGCUGUCGUCACUGUUACACGAUGUCGCGUGUCCUCAUCGGAUCAGGAAUGGUUUGGUGUGAUCCCUUUUAUUAUAUAUUUACGCUAGCGGUAACACAGUUGAUAUGUUUGUACAGUUUUUAAACGGACUUCUUGUAGUUAACUAAGCAAGAAUUAUUUUAGUAUAAUAUAAGAUCUAAUCGAAUUACAUUUUAGUGUAUUAUAAAUAAAGUUACACGAGGUUUUUUCAACAACAAAAAAAAAAUAUUAAUUUACGAUUGUACUGUCCCUUGUGAGUUUUUAUUUGGAUAAUAAUAAUAAUGUCUCAUUGGAAGCUGACUCCGUAGAGUGUAAUUAGAAAUUAAACAGGAAAAAUUUUAAAUAAUUAAUUACAACAUUAAUAAUAAGUAAUGUAUUAUAAAUAGGUUUAAGGUAAAAGUUAUUAACAUUGUAUGGAAAAAAAUUGUGACAAAAUUAUAGUCAUUUGUAAUAUUAUAA